AUGAUGACUCAUAAAAAUGGUCAUAAAAGUCGUAUAGAUGGAAUAUCAUCUGAUUAUUCUCAACGUCGAUCAUAUUCUUCACGUGGAAUAGUUGAUAAAAAAUCAUUUCAUGAUGAACAAAAAAAUAUUGAUUCACAUGAUGUUGCAUCAAUAAGUGCUUCAAAUGCUGAAAUUUAUAUAGAAAAAUGUUCACGUUUAUUUGUUCAUCCAACAGGUCCUUCAUCUAUACUAAAUCCUAAAAUAACAACAAUUGCUAAAAGACCAUCAGAAACAGGAAAUGCUGGUCAACGAAUUGAAAUUUAUGUAAAUCAUUUUAAAAUUAAUUUUUGUACACCACCAAAUAAAGUGAUUGUAUAUCAAUUUGAUGUUGACGUUGAAAUAUUAAUGUCUGAUAGUUCAUGGUAUUCAUGCGGAAAAGAUGAACGUAUACAAGUUAUGAAACAAAUAAUUAAUAAAGAAAAUUUUCCACUUGUUUGGUAUGAUGAAGGAAAAAAUUUAUAUUCAAUUGAAAAUUUAAUGUUAAAUUUAAGAAAAAAAGAAUAUCAAUGUGAAAUAAAUGAUAAAAAUACUGGACAAACAAAUAGAUUUCGUUUUUUAAUUCUUAAUCUUGUUAAAAUAUAUACAUUAAAAACAAUAUUUGAUUUUAUUCAAAACAAAAUUUCAAUUAAACCACAUGGUCUUGUUAAAAUUCUUGAAAGUUUAUUUAAACAAACACAAAGAUCAGAUAUAAUUACUAUUAAAAAUCAAUCAUAUAGAAAACAUCAAGGUGGUGCAAUUGGUUUAGCAUCAGGUUUCUAUCAAUCAAUUGUACUUUGUGAACGUGGUUUAACAUUAAAUAUAAAUAAAUCGUUUGUGCCUUUUUAUCAAAAUUAUAAUUUAGUUCAAUUUCUUUCAUGUUAUAUGGGUCAUGAUAUUCAAAAAAAUGGUAUUUCAUCAAAAGAUCAGGCAUUACUUGUUGAAAAAAUAUUAAAAUUUCUUUGGUUUAUCAUGCUAUAUCAAGAAGAUGAUUGUCAAUAUCGUUUAAAAUCAUUUGGUCGUCCAGCAAAUCAACAUAAAUAUAUUAUAAAUGGCGAUGAACCAUUAACAGCUGUUAAUUAUUUUAAUGAUAGAUGA